CCAGGGAGGAGCCAGAAUGCUAGUCUAAGCUGGCUCUGCACCUAGCUGUAAAGAGGCUAAAAUGAGACUGUGGCUUCUGAGCUUGGUGGCAGGGAUUGCCCUGGGAGUGGCUGGGACUCCCCUGGGAAAAGUCUCCAUGGGGAGAGAACAAAUCGAGGAGAAAAAGGAGGUACAGGACAAGCCCAAGAAAAUGAAGAGACAAUUCUUUAUAACUGGUGCUUACACAGGAUUGAGUGAAGGGACUAAUACUAGUCAAGUUUUUAUAGUUUCAAGUAAACCUACGAUGCACCAUUUGAAUAGCUCUAAGAAAGGAAGAGAAGAAAAAAGACAAAGAGAGACUGAUCCCUACAAAAAGCCUCUGAGUACUCUGAACCUUCCAAGAACCAUCCUCCUCCAGUUGCUUAACCAGACAGAGACUAUGAAUAGGAGCUCAGAAAUGGAUUUCAUCAAUUGGAAUCUAAAUGCCAGCAUUAUCAGAGAUCUCUGUGAUGGCUGCUGUGAAGAGAGCAAGAAAGAGAAGCCAAAUCUAAGCAGCCAAUCAAGAGAAACAUCCAAGCUUCUCAGGAAGAGAAAACCUGGUCGGUGGACAAUUCUUGGUAGGCUGGCUCCCCCACCUGAAAACAGUUCCAUCAAUGUGGUGAUGAUGAUGUUUCAUAAUGACACUCAUAGUGGCUCUCAAGCUAAGGAAGUCACACAACAGGCUGGGGACCUCAGAGGAGGGUGGUGUUCUAUAUGCUGUGAAGAGGAUGAAACCCUCCAGGCCCUUGAGAGAAGAGAGGGAGAAGUUGGAGAAGCGUCUCCUUCAUGAGGUAACAUCUAAACAGGCAGAGCAAUGACAU